AUGCCUUGGAGGCUGCCAGUCUCUAACCGCUUGCUGGCACCGUCUUCACAACACAGGUUCAGUUCUACCGCCUCUCCAUCCAACGUUUCGGAUGCCUUGAAGGUACUCUUCUGCGGUUCGGACGAGUUCAGCAUCGCCUCUUUACGCGCUCUUACUGCAGUGCACCGCGAUGCACCAGAGCUCAUUGGAAGUCUCAAUGUCGUUCACCGGCCAGCCAAGCCCACAGGUCGUGGUCUGAAGCAAUUGAGACAAGUCCCCAUCCAAAAGGUGGCAGAAGAAGAGCUCAAGCUUCCCACCUACGCGCUUGACACGUUCACGGGCUGGGCACCUCCCACACCCAUCAACCUCAUCAUAGCCGUAUCUUUUGGUCUGCUUGUUCCAUCGCGACUCCUAUCCUCGGCGAAGUUUGGCGGUCUGAAUCUUCACCCCUCCCUCCUUCCCGACUUGAAAGGUCCCGCGCCUAUUCAGCAUACCAUACUAAGAAGACGAGAAUACACCGGUGUGUCGGUCCAGACACUGCAUCCGGAGCAUUUUGAUCAGGGCCUCGUGCUGGCACAGACACCUUCUCCUGGAAUUCAAGUUCCAGCGGGCACAACAGCUCGUGAGCUGGAAGCACAAUUGGCGAAAACAGGGGCAGACAUGCUUGUGCAGCUUCUCAGAUCGCGCAAGUAUAUGCCUCCAUGGGAAGAUGCGGGCUGGUACGGAAGCUCCAACGGGCCCCUAGAUCAUGCGCCCAAAAUCACCAACAACGACCGCUACAUCGACUUGAAUACAAGCCCGCUGGAAGAUAUUCACACCAUCCAAAACGCCCUUGGCGAUUCAUGGUGCUUGUUGCCCGACGGUCAACGCUUGAUACUCCACCGGGUCGUCGACACCGGAGUCAUCGAUCCCUCCCAUGGAAAACCAGGUAUAUGGUCCGAGGAGGAUUGUGAGUACCCCCUGCUGAGCGACUUGCAUGGGCGUGUUGCUAUCAUCAUGGAAAGCACUCAGGCAGGCGGUAAACUAGGAGCUGGAAAUGCUACGUUGCUGCGAAAGUUACCCAAACAGAAAUCAACUGGACAGAGCUACGCCGUCGCUUCAGAAACACCGCAAGGUAAAUAUAAUGACUGA